AUGGUACAGGUGCAAGAAGUUCCAAAUGAAGAAUUUGAAGAGGAAGGUGUAUUUCAUGGACCUAUUCUGCGAAUUAAAUGCGGUGAGGUUGUCCAGUUCUUUAGGCCUGUAACCAUUCAGCUACCUGUUUCUCUUCGAGACCGGCAGGACUUUAACCCAGAUCCCACCAAAUGCCAUGUGAGAGUGUUGUUCCUGAAUUGCGAGGAGGAAAAAAAGGAAUGGACUGAGCUCACUGAUCUGGUGAAACCUGCACAGUUUGACGGGAGUUUUGUUAGGAUCCAGGUGCAACGAUUUUCUGGGUAAGGAAGCUUAGAAAAAUCAUUAGUAUCUUUAGUAUUUACCAGAUAGAUUUACAGUUGGACCCUUUUUUAAUCCAAAAUGUUGAUUAAACUUCAUUCAACGUCAUUGGAUGCAACAUUUUCGGAGCCGUUUCAACAACAUGUUGAACGGUGCUGUUGUCGCUAGAUCUGGUUUGAACGUUCAAACUUAACAUUCAACAUCGUCAGUCAUUUCUUUUGUUCAGGUGUGCGAUGGCCUCAAUGUUGAAUGGGCGAACGCUCAAUUAAACUUUGUUUGCAUCAGUCAUGGUCUGGAGGGGAGGGGUGCUGAUUCCGCAUUCGCUCUCCUUUUCCACGAAAAUCUGGCAUCCCGCAAUUUUUUCAUCGCUUUCCCGAAUCCCGUUUUUUGUUUUUGUUUUUUUUAGGAAAGCAAAUAAAUGUAAGAUGUAACUUUGCCCUUUCCGUUGAUAUUUUGAAUUAUACCUUAGUAUGACGAAGCGGAGGGAAAGCAGGAGCGGAAGAAACCAAGUAAUCUGGGACAAAGCUCUGCAUUGGGGGAAAAAGGAAAAAAUCAGCGAGCGAAGCGGGCGGAGAGGCCGGUCUAGGGAAGGGAAAGGGUGGCGUUUUUUCCUCAUUCCCAGGCCACCGCUCGGCUCCCUUUGCUCGCCGAUAUUUUUGCUAUUUGAGCUCGUUUUUUGCCUUCUUCCCCCACUGCUAGAAACGAAGAGGCAGAGGGGAGGGUUUCUUCCCUCUCUCUUUCCCAGCCAUGACUCCCUCGCUUCUUUUUCCUGCUCACUUUCUUUGAACCCAUGAACGACUGGGGUCGUUGUCUGUGACCGCAAGAAUAGAGGACUGACCAAAACUAUGACUGUCUGAUUCAAGGGAACAGCGAUGGGAACAUUGUAUUGUUCGCCAUAUCUUAAGUUAAAUAUAUUUCGGUCAAAUCCCGGGGGUCGGCCUAAACGCACCUUUAGGUUCUUGAAAUGCUUCCAAGUAAUUAACAAAAAUGCCGGUACUUCUUUCAAAGCAUUCCUGGGUCAAAUUAUAAAAACAAUACCCUUGCAAGGCGAUAUUAGCUACCAUGCUGCCUGCCUUUCAGGUGUGUAGCAAAAAUAUCAACACAAAAAGUACGAAACUAACGUUUUUCCUUUUCAAUCUACUGGGAACUUUUUCUUGGGCUCGGCGAUAUACGUAGAAUCAUCCAAGAUUCGACCUUAACCAUGUCAAGGCUCCUAACAAAUCCAUCCACCCUGGUUGACAUUAAUUUUUUCGAUUAUUUCGUUUGUUCUAGAUAUUCGUGUCUUUUUGAGUGGCGUGAAGAAAACUCCAGGGCUUAUUGGCUGUGGAUCUUAAGUUACCUUACCCGCUUCACUAGAACGCAGCCCCGAGCAGCAAGUUUCGUCGCCUACUUUCGUCCAGAUAUUCCAAACAUUUUGUCCCUUAUUUGUUGCUCUGCUCACCUUAAACAAGAGGUGAUACAAGGUCUUGAAAAAAGAGACGUAACGUUUGCUGAUGGCAUUUCGAUGAAAGAUAUGAUACCUGGAGAGGACGGCGACAAAGCAUUUGUGUUUUUGUCAGGAAGAAUACGCCCAUUUGAUGAGGCGGACGUAAAUAAAAUUCACCUCAGGUAAGCUCAUUUAUUAUUUAAUAUUCAAAAUAUUUCCCCGUUUCUGCUUGGCUUAAAUCUUGACAACCAGCUAGCGUUGACCAAAUUUGGAAGACGUUUACGAUAUCCAGAAAAUGACGUCAAUAGUUCAGCGUAGUGAUGAGAGUUUGAGUCGUUUUGGAAGAAGCAGUACAAAAUGGUGGAACAUCCAUCACUGUGCGUACUUUUUAAGAACAGACCAAUCUGAACAGUCAUCAUUUAUAGUUGAAUUCUCUCCGGUGACUGGACAGUUCUGGUUUCAAGGUUACAAGGAUUACGCGGCACUAGUAUCAUGCAUGUUUUUCUCUUACAUUUUAACAGGUUAUUAGAAGGCGAUAUUCCGUUUAACACUGAAUUGCGAAUUCGUCUCGUUGAUGGCGAAGACCUAGCACAAGUGGAAUUUCGAAACACCUUGACACACACUAACAGAACGCGUUUGUUGUGUAAAUUUCACUUAAAGUUG